AGAAGAAGAAGAGGGGCAACAAGAAGGCGCCAAUCCCGGAAUCCAGCUCGGAUCAGGCGCAAGGAGUGGCGAUGGCGGGAGAGGAGGAGGAGGAGGCGGUGAGAAAGGUAGUGGAAUGGCCAGAGGAUGGAGGAUUGACGCGAGAAUGGGUAAUCGGCGUGGGCGAGACCCUGGCGGAGGCGGCCUCCAUGCUGAGGCCGCAAGCACUGCGCCAGGUAGUGCCAGUUGGGGUCGCCGAUUCGCUCAUCGCCAGGGCUUCCAAGAUCAUGCACAAGGAGCCCAAUUGCUUGCGCCUGGAGCCGCCACGGUCGAGCUCCAGUAGCAUCGUCCUGGUGGGCGAUUUGCACGGCCAGCUCCAUGAUUUGCUCCAUCUCUUUGAUCUGGCCGGCCUCCCCGACGAGGAACGAAUGUUUGUGUUUAACGGGGACUAUGUGGAUCGAGGAGCGUGGGGAUUCGAGACUUACUUUCUCCUCCUUGCUUGGAAGGUAUUGCUACCUCACCGAGUGUUUCUUCUGCGAGGAAACCACGAGACAAAGUUCUGUACGAGCGUCUACGGCUUCGAGAAAGAGAUCUCCGUCAAGUUUGGGGAGCAUUCUAAGCAUGUCUACCGCAAGCUCUUGGGAUGUUUCGAGGGCCAUCCUCUGGCGGCGGUGAUAGCCGGCAAAGUUUUCAUGGCACACGGUGGCUUGUUCCGGAGCUUGGAACUGGGGCCUUCUACGCGAUCUUUCUUGGUGAGAGCUGCUGCUAAGCUCAAGCUGGGUGAUCUGGACGACCUUGCAAAGUCGAGAAGAGGCGUGCUGGAUCCGUCGGCCGUGGGAAACAACGUGAUACCGGGUGAUAUCUUGUGGUCCGAUCCAUCUCCAAACCCGGGGCUUGCGAGCAACGAAGGUCGAGGGAUCGGGCUUGUUUUUGGACCGGAUUGUACUCAAGAGUUUAUGGACAAGCACAAGCUAAAGCUUAUAGUGAGAUCUCACGAGGGGCCGGAUGCGAGACAGAAGCGUCCCGAGAUGGCGAGCAUGGACAAAGGCUACACGAUCGACCACGUUGUCAAGGCUGGAAAGCUCAUCACUCUGUUCAGUGCUCCCGACUAUCCCCAGUUUCAGGCGACCGAAACUCGGUUUAACAACAAAGCAGCCUACAUUGUUUUGGAACCACCGGAUUUUUGCGAGCCCGACAUUCGUGUUUUUGAGGCGGUCCUCCCGCGGCCACAUGUAAGCAAUUUCGUUUUGAUACUUCCAUCCACCGCUUUGGUUGCUUUUCCGCAGGUUAUGCCGUAUUACGAUCAUGUUAAUGUUAUGGAUUCAGACGACGAGCUAGAUCUGCCAAAAGACGGAUAAAACAAAUCUAGAAAAAUGCCACGAUCGCCACCAUUAAGGUCCUCGUGGGCGUUGGACUUUUAUGCUCGUAGGAGUCAAGAAAAUUAUUGACAAUA